AUGAAAAUUUCUUAUAUACAAACUGAACAAAAAGGUCUUUUCUCAUUCCACCUGGCGCUUUACCUCGAUAAAAGAUUGACGAUGGCAUUAAUUAUUUGGCAAAGCUAUUAUUUGGUCAUUUACGGAAAAGGUGUUAAAAGGUCUAUGCAGUCAGCUGUGGCCCAACAUUUCGCGUGUGAAAGUUCUUGUAGAGAGAGAAAGUCAUUCCCAGGUGGCGAGAGCAACAUGAUUCAUCCGGAGGAUAAUUUGAAGAAAAUUCUCAAUCCCAAUCAGAAGCAAUUGCUUGAUGAUGAGCGUCGUUUGGCAAGGAAGAUUAAACAAUUGAGUGAACAACAAGGAUCAGCAUCACAGGCAUUUUUGAGGCCACAGGAGCGAGAAACAGAUCCCGAUAUUCUUGACUAUCACGAUAGCUUCUACAAGACCACCAAGAGUCUGUUGGUGCUGUUCCAGAUCAUGGGCAUUAUGCCCAUUAUGCGUAGUACAGCUGGAAGCAAUAAGCCUCGUACGACAUUUCAUUGGACUUCUAAAGCACAUAUCUGGGCCUAUGUUAUCUAUGGCCUUGAAACUGUGCUCGUGGUAUGGGUUGCCCAUGAACGUAUUGGAAAAUUCAUUUCAACAACGGACAAACGUUUCGAUGAGGUAAUCUACAAUGUAAUUUUCAUGAGUAUCCUUCUGCCGCACUUUCUCCUCCCCGUGGCAUCAUGGAGACAUGGUUCCGAAGUGGCAAAGUUCAAGAAUAUGUGGACUCACUACCAGGUGCAAUACCUUCGUGUAACGGGCACACCAAUGCUCUUUCCCAGCCUCUACCCGCUCACGUGGGCGCUUUGCUUUGUAUCGUGGGGCCUCAGUAUAGUGAUCAUCCUUUCGCAAUACUACCUACAGCGAGAUUUUCCAUUCAGCCACACAUUUGCAUACUAUCACAUUAUUGCUAUGCUCAAUGGGUUUUGUAGUUUGUGGUACAUUAAUUGCACGGCCUUUGGGAUGACGAGUAGGGAGUUGUCGAAGCAUCUCAUUGAAACACUCAAGAGUGAGAAACCCUCUGAGAAGUUAACUGAAUAUCGUCAUCUUUGGGUAGAUCUGAGCCAUCAAAUGCAGCAAUUAGGUCGGGCCUAUUCCAACAUGUACGGCAUCUACUGCCUUGUAAUCUUCUUCACGACCAUCAUUGCAACCUAUGGUGCGCUGAGUGAGAUCAUCGAUCGCGGAGGGACUUUCAAGGAGUUGGGGCUCUUUGUCAUUAUGAUCUACUGCAUGACACUCCUCUUUAUCAUCUGCAACGAAGCUCAUGCAGCCACAAAGAGUGUCGGUUUGGAUUUUCAGGAUGUCCUACUGAAUGUUAACUUAACAGGUGUGGACAAUGAUACGCAGCGUGAGGUUGAGAUGUUCCUGGUGGCCAUUGCAAAGAAUCCACCAACAAUGAAUUUGGAUGGUUUUGCAAACAUUAAUCGGGAACUCAUCACCUCCAAUAUAUCCUUCAUGGCAACAUAUUUGGUGGUGCUAAUGCAGUUUAAAUUAACCCUUCUGCGUCAAGCUGCUCGCACCAACUUUCUCAACAGUCUUAAAAAUAAUAUGACAAUGAGGAGGAUUGUGGAAUGAACAAUAAAUGUAUCUAUCAAUUGUUUGGCUAAUAAAUUGGCAUCAUAAUUGA